UUCCAGCGCGAAGUCUGGGGAAGAGCCCGGCAGGCAGCACCCCGGGACCGCGCCCCUCUGCCCACCCCGGACCAGCCGAGGCAAGUCCGCGAGCCCAGGACAGGCUGCCCCGCGGCGCCCAGCCCGGCCGUACGUGCGUGCGGGAGAAGUUUCAUUCGCCCUGUGCCAUCUUCCCCCACUCCAUAGCUGGCCAGGUACAGACGCUGGCACCCAGUGCACGCAACGCCAGCAGCCUUGGCACCUGUCCUACUAUAUAUAGCAGCUGUUUGCAUCGCAUCCCCUUCUUGGGGCACCUGGAGGCAGGAUGUCUCAGUGGUAUGAGCUUCAGCAGCUGGACUCCAAAUUCCUGGAGCAGGUUCACCAGCUUUAUGAUGAUAGUUUUCCCAUGGAAAUCAGACAGUACCUGGCUCAGUGGCUAGAAAAGCAAGACUGGGAGCAUGCUGCCACUGAUGUCUCAUUUGCCACCAUCCGCUUCCAUGACCUCCUAUCCCAGCUGGAUGAUCAGUACAGCCGCUUUUCUCUGGAGAAUAAUUUUUUGUUGCAGCACAACAUAAGGAAAAGCAAGCGCAAUCUUCAGGAUAGUUUUCAAGAAGACCCAAUACAAAUGUCUAUGAUCAUCUAUAAUUGCCUGAAGGAGGAAAGGAAGAUUUUGGAAAAUGCACAGAGAUUUAAUCAGGCUCAGUCGGGGAAUGUUCAGAAUGCUGUGAUGUUAGACAAACAAAAGGAGCUUGACAGCAAAGUCCGAAAUGUGAAGGACCAAGUUAUGAACAUAGAGCAUGAAAUCAAGACCCUAGAAGAUUUACAAGAUGAAUAUGACUUUAAAUGCAAAACCUCUCAGAACAGAGAAAGUGAAGCCAAUGGAGUAGCCAAGAAUGAUCAGAAACAAGAACAGCUGCAACUCCGCCAGAUGUUUUUAAUGCUUGACAAUAAGAGAAAGGAGAUUAUUCACAAAAUAACAGUGCUGUUGAAUGCCACUGAAGUUACCCAGAAUACCCUGAUUAACAAUGAGCUUGUGGAGUGGAAGCGGAGACAGCAGAGUGCAUGUAUUGGGGGUCCGCCCAACGCCUGCCUUGAUCAGCUGCAGAGCUGGUUCACCAUGGUUGCAGAGAGUCUGCAGCAGGUUCGCCAGCAGCUGAAAAAACUGGAGGAGUUGGAACAGAAAUUCGACCAUGAACAGGACCCUAUCACAAAAAACAAAAAGGUGCUAUGGGAUCGCACCGUUACCCUCUUCCAGCAGCUCAUUCAGAGCUCAUUUGUGGUGGAAAGACAGCCAUGUAUGCCGACUCACCCUCAGAGGCCGCUUGUCCUGAAGACAGGGGUACAGUUUACUGUAAAGUUGAGACUGUUGGUGAAAUUACAAGAGCUGAAUUACAAUUUGAAAGUCAAAGUUUCAUUUGAUAAAGAUGUGAAUGAGAGAAUUACAGUAAGGGGAUUUCGAAAGUUCAACAUUUUGGGCACAAACACAAAAGUGAUGAAUAUGGAGGAGUCCACCAAUGGAAGUCUGGCAGCUGAGUUUCGACACCUGCAACUGAAAGAACAGAAAAAUGCUGGCAACAGAACGAAUGAGGGUCCUCUCAUUGUUACUGAAGAGCUGCACUCACUUAGUUUUGAAACCCAGUUAUGCCAGCCAGGCUUAGUAAUUGACCUUGAGACGACCUCUCUGCCCAUCGUGGUGAUCUCCAACGUCAGCCAGCUUCCCAGUGGUUGGGCCUCCAUCCUGUGGUACAACAUGCUGGUGGAGGAACCCAGGAAUCUGUCCUUCUUCCUGAACCCACCAUGCGCAAAAUGGUCUCAGCUUUCAGAGGUGCUGAGCUGGCAAUUUUCAUCUGUCACCAAGAGAGGUCUCAACGCAGACCAGCUGAACAUGUUGGGAGAGAAACUGCUUGGUCCUAAUGUUGGCCCUGAUGGUCUUAUUCCAUGGACAAGGUUCUGUAAGGAGAAUAUUAAUGAUAAGAAUUUUCCCUUCUGGCCUUGGAUUGACACUAUCCUGGAACUUAUUAAAAAGCACUUGCUCUGUCUCUGGAAUGAUGGGUGUAUCAUGGGCUUCAUCAGCAAAGAGCGAGAACGUGCUCUGCUCAAGGACCAGCAGCCUGGGACAUUCCUGCUUCGGUUCAGCGAGAGCUCCCGGGAAGGGGCCAUCACAUUCACGUGGGUGGAACGCUCCCAAAGUGGAGGGGAACCUGACUUCCAUGCAGUGGAACCCUAUACGAAGAAAGAACUUUCUGCUGUUACGUUCCCUGAUAUUAUUCGCAAUUACAAAGUUAUGGCUGCUGAGAAUAUUCCUGAGAAUCCCCUGAAAUACCUAUAUCCCAAUAUUGAUAAAGACCACGCCUUUGGAAAGUAUUAUUCCAGGCCAAAGGAAGCACCAGAACCAAUGGAACUUGAUGACCCUAAACGCACUGGAUACAUCAAGACUGAGUUGAUUUCUGUGUCUGAAGUUCACCCAUCCAGACUGCAGACUACAGACAACCUGCUCCCCAUGUCUCUGGAGGAGUUUAAUGAGGUCUCCAGGAUCAUGGGCCCUGUAGAACUUGACAGUAUGAUGAAUGCAGUGUAAACAUGAAUUUUUCUCAUCCUCUCUGGCGACAUAUUUUCUCCCUGUCUGGGAUUCCCUCCUGCUGGUCUUUCUUCACAUGCUGUGUUUCUAGGGAAAUGCAAGAAAGGACAAGAAAUGUGCUGCAACCAGUUAAAAGCAAGUGAAUAUAUCUGUAGUUCAGAAACAUGUUCCUCGGAAGGACUUCAUGUGUUGUAUUGAAAGUGAAAUGGAAAGUCAUCCUACAAAGUGGAUUUUGCAAACAGAAACCAUCCAGAUACACCCAAGGCCUCAAGACUAGAAUGAGUCCUUUGGGAAAGGUGAGAGUGUAGCAAUAUCUAGCAAAUGCUGAACUUUGUAAAGCCAGUGUCCAACUGUUAUAGGCCAUAGGAUAGAUAGCAGUUAUUUGGAUAACCUGGAAAAUUCUUAAUGUUCUCUUCUACUUCGAAUAGGGCUUGUGUUUUCCAUUGCUUUAUGUGUGCCACAGCUGAAAUCCAAGUUUAUGUGUAACAAUACACCAAUCAGUGCUUUAGAUUAGGCAACUGACAUCUGAGGAGGGAAUGCUAUUACAUUUUCUACACUGGCCACUCAAAACUAAAGGUACUUUCUUGCUGUCAAGAGAAUGAGCUUCUUUGUUGGUCAUGGUUUAAUGACACUGAAUGCUAUCAACAGAAGCAAGCCACUCCAAAUGUAUGGAUGUUUUAUCUUGAAUAUCCCAGGCUGAGUGUUUCUUGCUGUCAUCUUGGUCACCAGAUGAGUGAAACUGUCUUUCUACUCUUGUCAAGGGUGCCAGCUCUUUAAGCAAGUCUCCUUAUUUUCUUAAAUGUUGAAAUGACAGAUAGAGAUAAAACUACCAGUUUAAUUCAUGUUUACUAAAUGAUUUUUGUUGUUGUUUUAGCUGGUAGAAAAAUAGUUACAAAUUGAAUCAUUAAAAAUAAUGUGAGGAUAAAAUAAUUUCAAAACUCAUCCUAUAUAACUGAGAACUGCAUAUUUUCACUGAUAAAUGUAUUUUUAUGACAGUUACAUUUGCAAAUAGUUCCGUGAUCUCUCUUGUGUUUUCCAGACACCUUUUUGAGUGAAUAAUGUCUUGUGUCAUCUGCUUUGUUUUCUUUAUUCAUAUUCAUACAGUACAGUGGUUUAAGGAUCAGUUGACAAAGGUUCCUUUAGGCAACUUGCAAAGACACUGUCAGCUCUGCUAUUGUGUUGUUAUAUAAACACUUUGUCUUUGCUGGAGGUAAAGCUCUCAAGUCUACUUUACUUUUUUUAUUAAGUUAAAGCUUAGUCUGUGUACCUCAUUACACGUAACAUGAACACAGUUCUUUCCUUGGUGCUAUGCGUAAAUUGGGUCCUCCUUUCGAUUUUCACAUAAGAUAGUAUAAACUAGCUUGGAGUUGCUUGACAUUUUAAGCUGAAAUGACUAAGAAACAAGACAACAUUUAAAAAAUCUACAGUUUUUAUUUGCUGUGAUUUAACUAUUUGUUGUAUUUUUGCCCACUGAGAACAAUUUGGCAUAGUUUAAUUCUGUUGCAGUAGCUGAGACGGUUUAUUUUUUAAAAGUAUUAAAGUUGUUAGUCUCUUACUGGUGUUUAAUAUAAAAAAACUUUGACAUUAUGAGUUAGUACAAUACAUCUCAUUUACAAAUCCGUCCUUAUUUUAAAAUAUGAUCAUUAACACUAUUUUCCUAUUGUUUCCCUUUCUAACCCUGGUUGUAAUCAGAAUUACUGUGGCAGAUGAAGAGAGGGCCAGGCAUGGUGGUGCAUGCCUGUCAUUCCAGCACUUGGGAGGCAGAGGCAUGAACACUGGGAGUCAGUAAAUUUCAACUAUAUAACAAGUUGAAGGCCAGCCUGGGCUAGAUGAGACCCUGUCCCCAAAAGAGAAAGUCAAUGGAAGCAAUCUGUUUACAUUCUUACAUAUUGAUCAUUAUACAAAGUUAUCAAACGUAUCCUGGCUUAAGGGAUGUUGGUGUAUUUUGAGUAUGUCUGGGAUGGUGUUUUCGAAGCACAGACCUCAAAAGUAACACUUGGGAUACGGUUUUUUUUCUUAGGUAAGAGAACAUUCUGAGAUAGCAUUAAAUGAGCACUGGAAUGUGAAGGCAAGUCUUAAUUAACCAAGCAGUCCUGUCACACCUGUCCCAGGGGAAGCAGGAAAAGGCUGGAAAGCAUUUGGAAAUUUCUCCUUCCUACCUGUGGAACUUAGAUUCCUGUUCCUCAAGUAAAGAGUAUUUGAGUGGCAUCUUUUGGUUGGUUAAGAUUUGUUCAUUGACUCUUCAAAUACUGCGAGCGCCUGCCCUGAGCCAGACACUAUCCUGAAGUCUGGAAUGCACCAGUAAACCAACCAGUAACUCCUGCUGCCAUAAACAAAAGGUGCUCUGAGACACUGAGCACUACAUUUUAGUGCACUUCCUAGAAUGCAGCAAAGACUGUGUGAAGCAACCGCAGCCAAAAGUUACAAAUAAAGUAAAUGCCAUACAAAAUGCAUAUAACUAAUACUUAAAGUAGAUGUAGAGAGGUGCAUUUGAAGCCUUCUAAAAUAAGCUUUUCGAUGAUACUCAACUUUCAGGUUUUGGUGAACUAACUUCAGGCUGUGUGUUUACUAUACUCACAGAGAAAUGAGCGCAUUACUUGAUUUACUGUAGAAAGUAGGAGCUGCACCUACGCAUUACAAUUAUAUUGGGCAACAAAGGACCUGACAGGCAGGAAGCUGUCAGAUGCCAAUUAUCAAAGCCAUGAAUUCUAUAGCAUUCCAUGCUUUUGUACUUCUAGCAAUACCACCAGUGUCUGGUAUCUUGUUUGUAGCCUUUCCUCAUGUCUUGUACAUGAAAUAUUGAUAUUUUAGUGUCAUGACUGAUUUCAUAGCAGGCUGUUGUCCAUUUGGAGAGGAAGCAAGAGGUGUGGCUGGCCACAUGAACCUUGGAGUCAGGAUCAGGCUACAGAAUAGAAAAUAGCCCUCAGACUCUACCUAUAAUGAUUUCCAUCCAGUUGUCUUAUCUCAUUUCACUCCCUAAUAAUUGCCUUAAUUUAAGUCUCAUAUUUCCUUUGCCAACACACAUAUAUCUUCUGUAAUCCAAUAAAGCACAUCUUUUUACGUUAAGUAUGUAAUUUUGCUUACCCCCUUAUGACUUAUGAAUUUACUCAUUUUACUAUGAGAGUUAGCAAAUAAAAUAAAAAAGACCCCCAACUCCUAAAAUCUCAUUAAAAUAAAAUGAUCUUGUUAUACCAA